UAUUUGUAAUUAGACACUAAAUGCAUGUGAUUUGUGUAACUGAUAAACAUAAAUAACUGUGUAUCAACUGUUCCAUCCUGAAAUGGAUUUUAUCUUUUGAAUCGUUGUUUAAUUAAAGUAACGGAUUAUCUCACGUAUCGCGUGACAUCAGGCAUUUAAAGUAAAACUCAUUCCGUUUUAAAUGGAAUUUAGACCAAUAUUAACAUGUCUUCUAGUGACCAUCCUGGUUUCUGUAACAGCUGCUGAUAACGAUGGUGUGAAAUAUAAGCAUAUAACAAACAAGAAGUCAUGGCCGGAUGCGGAAGCUGACUGUCGGUCACGUGACGGAUCUCUGUUGGUCCUUGACACGCACUCGAAGGUGAUCUCGUUCCAAAACAGCAUGUUGUUGGAUAGUGAAGUAUGGACUGCGGCAUACAGGCAACACUCACCUUGGGUGUGGGUUGAAGGUUGUUUCUCGGCUUCAUUCCUUACGAAGAAAGAUGGUGUCCGGCUCCGACUGAACAAAGCAUCGGAAUGUGCUACAUUGUGUCGAGAAAGCACAUACGCAGCAUUAAAGGGCUACAUGUGUUUCUGUCUGGAAGACAUGCGGGAUCUUCUGCCUUUGAAUGCACGAGAAUGUGACAACUCGUGCCCAGGUUCCCCGGGAGAAAUGUGUGGUGGCGAGAGGGGAGCUGUCUCAUUGUACAGUCUAGGUGGAGUUAAUGGAUAUAAAGAGUCUGAUAAAGAUCUAGCAGAACAACUUCAGCAGACAAACCAUGAAAUUAGCAGAUCAGACUGGAAGAACUGUGUGUACAUCCUGAAGCAUGACACACCUAUAUGGAUAACAGCAGAUUGCAGAAAGACUUUGCCUUUUCUCUGUAAAAUAUACCGAGAGAAUGGCGCCAUUAUCGAGUACAGAAGCCCAAAAAAGAAGUAUGGUUCGUGGAUGGAGUCACGUGAUAUGUGUAAGAAAGAAGGUGGAACUUUAGCGGAUCUCCAUGCCAACAACAUGGAAGCAGUGUCAGCCCUGCCGGACCACAGUGAAUAUUGGGUGGGUCUGUACAGAAACACGUCCUGGGCGUGGCAUACAGAUGAUCGUAGCGAGAAGCCCUCUUGGUGUACUUCGAUGACAGAGGACAGAGCUGGGGAACUACAUUUCAAGACAGAGACAUGCAGUAUGCCCAAAGAAUACAUCUGUCAGAUUCCUUUACAAGUUGCAGAAGCAAAAGGUAGUAACAUGGUAAUAUUUCUGGUGUGUGGAACGGUUGCCUGGAUACUGGCUGUUUGUACUGGCAUUUUUGUCUUCUAUAUGAUGAGGAAAAGAGGAUACUGUAAAAGAAGUUCCGCUUCAAGUUCUACUGGAGAUCUAAGGACGAGUUAUUUAGAUUUGGAAGAAGAUUCUACUAGAACCAGAUCACCAAGACCACACUCGUACGUCAACAGCGACGUCAGGAACCAACCAACAUGUUCACAACCGCCUCCUUUUGAUGAACUUCGAAAGCCGAAUGCAUCCAAAUGUCAAGAUUUUGGUGCAAGGUUUCAGGCAUCUAAUGGAAACGAAUACGCAAGCGUUUGUAUGAGCAAAGUCGAGAAACGGGGACCAGUAGAACAAUAUGAUGACCUACGUCACGGGGCUAGCGCGUGCGGAUCAGGAUCAAACAGAGGCUCGACAAGCUCUGAAGGAUUCAAACGAUGAUUGAACAUAUCACAGAAUCGUCUUCGUCAAGCUUCCUGCAACCUGCCGGAAAGAAAAUUUAUGACGAAACAAACUGUUCUUAACCGCUGUCGUCUGCUUAUAUUUUGUUAGAAAGUGUCGAAUGUUUUUAAGAAUGGAUUAUUGAGCGGAUAUGAAAUACGUCAUUUCUUCAUUUCCAGCCCUCUGUUUUGGAUAUCAGUGUAUAAAGAUUACAUAGACGUCUGAUUAAGUUUGUGCUUGUUUACUUGAUAUGUAUAUAAAUCUUAAUUUAAUAAUUGUUCUUGUUGUAUAUUAUAUAUUGUGGAUGUUUGAUUUUAU